GGUAUCCGCCAUUUUGAUUUCCAAAUCUGACAGAUAUUUUGUUGGCUGCCUUGCAAGAAGUAUAAUUUGAACAUUGUCAACUCAGCCGCUCCGCAGACCACCCACCGUGUCACGGCAGCGUAAAUGACAUUUACAACCGGGGGAAGGGGUUAGUAGUAUCUGGAAGCUAACAACGCAGACAUGAUGGGCCUCUGGGUGACCUGACAGACAAAGUCGCAGAGUUUGUCUGUUAAGCUUUGCAGGUGGCGCGUGCAAUGAUGAUGGACAAAAGGUUGCAGCCAGUCUAUCCAGGAUUAGUGUGUCUGGUGUUUGUAUCUACAUUGAGGGAAUUCGCUGAUACCGACUGAAGUCCACACCAACAUAUUUUAACAAAGCAAUGGCUGUUUAGCAAGAUCUGGCUUUGGGUCCUUGUCCUAAUCUAAGUGUGUGUGCCUGUGACGGCAGCCAUGUUCUGGAAAUUUGACUUACACACAUCCUCUCACCUGGAGGCUUUACUGGACAAGGAGGAUGUCACACUCACUGAGCUCAUGGAAGAGGAAGAUGUGCUGCAGGAGUGCAAGGCCCAAAACAGGAGACUUCUCCUCUUCUUGUGCCAGGACCAAUGCAUGCAGGAGCUGGUCCGCAUGAUUACCACAGAGCCCCCUACUGGUGUAGAGGAGAUGAGGCGCUUCAAGUAUUCAAAUAUAGCAUGUGAGCUGCUGACAUGUGAUGUGGGAGUGAUCAAUGAUAAGAUGGGUAAUGAGGAGCCUCUGCUGGAAACUCUCUAUGCCUUCUUGGAGCAGCCGUCCCCACUUAACCCCCUUCUGGCAUCUUUCUUUAGCAAGACCAUUGGGAACCUCAUCACACGGAAGACUGAGCAGGUGAUUCAUUUCCUGCGGCGGAAGGAGGGAUUCCUCUCCAUGGUCUUGAAGCAUAUUGAUACAUCAGCCAUGAUGGAUGUGCUCCUGAGACUCAUCAGCUGUGUGGAGCCUCCUCCACUUCGACUCGAGACACUUACUUGGCUGAAUGACGAGAAGCUGGCCCAGAGACUCAUAGAGCUCAUUCACCCUGAAAGGGACGAAGAGAGGCAGUCCAAUGCAUCACAGACUUUGUGUGACAUCAUUCGUCUGAGCAGGGACCAGGCCAAUCAGCUCCAAGAGAUUUCACAGCCUGAUCCUUUGCUUACAGUGCUGGAGUCGCAGGAGUCUGUGGAGCAGUUGUUACAGAAUAUGUUCUCAGGAGAGCGUACCGAGAGCUGUAUCGUCAAUGGGAUUCAAGUUCUUCUUACGUUACUGGAAAUCAGGAGGCCAGUGGUGGAUGGUGUGAUGGACGCUCAGGGAUUUGAAAGGAGUUACACCGUUAACAGCAGCAUUUUGUUGGCCAUCCAACCACACCUGAAACACUUCCACCAACUACUUCUGGAGCCGCCCAAGCGAAAUCCCAUGCUGACUUCUCUGGGUGUGCUGACGGAACCCUUAGGGAACACACGUCUCCAUGUAGCCCGGCUGGUGGCUUCUCUGCUCUACACAAGCUCUGCGAGUCAUGCUGUCGUGGCACAAGAACUAUGCUGUCUUAACACGAUGGACCUGCUACUGGACUUGUUCUUCAAGUACACAUGGAACAACUUUCUGCAUCUCCAAGUGGAGCUCUGUGUUGCUGCAAUCCUCCGGCCCUGCGCCCAUGAAAUGAGGCUUCAGCCUGGCUUGGGAUCCCAGAAAGAAUUCAACCCUAAUCCAGAUGACUCACGUGAUCAGGCUGUGGCUGAAAUCACCUCAGAACCUUCAAUCACCCCUGACAACACUGCACACAAUCUAAUGGUGACACAUUUGUUUCAGCACUGCCACCUUGUCCAGAGGAUUCUGGAGGCUUGGGAAGAGAAUGAUAAAUUACAGUCUGAAGGUGGAAUGAGAAGAGGGUACAUGGGACAUCUGACCAGGAUUGCCAACACAGUAGUCCAUAAUCUGGAGAAGGGCCCCGUUCACACUCAGAUUAGUAGCCUCAUCACAGAGCUCCCAGAAGACUACAGAGGGCGCUGGGAAACUUUUGUGGAUCAGACCCUGUCAGAGGCCAAUAGGAGGAACACUAUAGACCUGGUUGGUACUGGAAACCCACGCCCUUCUUCAGAGGAUGAUAUGGAGAGCCCAUUCCCUAAAGAACUGACAUUACAGCAGGCUUUUUCAGACUACCAGAUUCAGCAGAUGACAGCUAACUUUGUUGAUCAGUUUGGCUUCAAUGAUGAGGAGUUUACUGAUCAUGAUGACAGCAUUGGAGCAACAUUUGAUCGUAUUGCGGAGAUCAAUAUCAACAUUGAUGCAGGCCAGGAAAGUUCUAACACAGCUGUGUUUGAGGCCUGUUCCAAGGAAAGGAUUCAGCCGUUUGACGAUGACGAAGAGGACAUUUGGGAGGAGAAAGAGAUCAACUUUUCGACACAAACCAAGUCUCGUAACAGGUUCGGCGCGUCACAGGUGUCGCAGAGCUCAGUGACCAGUACAGCGUGUGAUAGGACAACAGCUCCUUCCACCGAGGCCUCUGAGAGAGCACCAGACUCAGACUCUGAGGAGGAAGAGAAAACUGAAGAUGUCCUGGAUCCUUUCUCAAGCUUACCCCAGAUUGAUGCGACAAAGAACACUGGCUGGAUAGCAGACUUUGGAGAGGUGAACUCCCAGGCACCUGCAGCAGGAACAGGAUUUUCAGCCUGGGACACUCCAGAGCCCCAACAAGCUGCCACGGAGGCCGAGGAGAAAGGAUGGGCCAAGUUCACUGACUUCCAGCCUUUCUGUUGCUCUGAAACGGGCCCUAGAUGCAGCUCUCCCGUGGACUCGGAGCUCAGCGGAUCAGACAACACCAAACCAAACCAAAACCCGUGUGUGUGGAGUGUGUGUGUGGCAAGAAAAGCUCCACUGGUGGCAUCCGACUCGUCCUCAUCCAGCAGCUCAGACAGCGAUGAGGAGGGAGGCAAGACGGUGUCCACGACCAGUGAGACCAUCACCACGGGGAGUGGCAAGGAGACCAUUCGGCUCACUGUGGAUGCUAAAAACGAGAGGGCAGUCUUCAGCAGCGAUGCAGAUAAGGUGCCAGUAGAGGGACUCUCCAUCAAAGAGAGAGAAAGCGAGAAAAGGAAGAAACAUGGAGACGGUCCCGGCCCAACCACCGCCAGUCCAGCUACCCAGUCAGCUGCUGUCACACAGUAAGUAGAGACGCAGCCCUCUGCUAAUGGACCGGCCUAACGCAGCAGCACUGACACACACAUACACACACACACACACACACACACACACGCUUCAUAAUCUUCAUUCAACACACAACCAUGCAACUUUGGCUUCCUGUUAGCAGCUCUUCAAAACCCCUCUCGUCCUAAGAAGAAAAGGAGAUCCUCACUUGACUGUAUGUACACUGGAUAACACACAUCUACACAUGGGUAACCCCGAUCCCUCCUGCACCUUCAUGACAUAGUUGCACCUGAACCGUUUCAAAGAGGAAUGUGUGUUUUUAGAAAAAAAAAACAUUAUAGUGCCGGAACCCCCAAAGCCAAAUUCUGUUACACAGAUAUAUAUAUGAACUAUGAAAAUGGUUUUCCAUUGAAUUUUGUGGAAACAUUCGAUCUCUUGUAACGAGCAGAGGCUACACUCAGAGUGGGCCAGCUGGGGCAUUUGAACACUAAGAAAACAACAAAUAUUACAUUUAAUUCAGCAUUGUUUGUGCAUGAUAAACACUCUCUGAACAUUAAAUCAUAGCCCAGAGAAUUUUUCUAUCAGAGCUUUUGACUGUUUACACUUAAGUAAAAGACUGUAUUCAAAUUAUCAGCCACGAUUACAAAGCCAAAAUGCAAAGCUAGCUACCAUUUUCACUUCAGCAUUUUUAAUGUACAUGCCGGGCAAAGUUUUAAUCAGUGCAGUUAAUGUGCAAGUGAUAACACAUUUGGCUUAAUUCAUGUGCAGACUUGAUCAUUUCUUAAUCAAAGUAAGGUUUCUCUGCCUUGAUCAUGUAGAGCAUUAAGGCUUUUUUUUCAUGUGUCUCUUCCUCCUCAAACCUCUAAUGUUGCUUAGAGUUGUGCGUGUGGUGUGCGUGCGUGCGUGCGUGUGUGCGUGUGUGCGUUUGGUGUGGUGUGUGUGUGUGCGCGUGUGUGUGUGAUAUAUGUCAGUGAUUCAGAGGGCAUUCUCAGGUGAAAUGAGAGGUAUGCGGAUACAAAGAAAGCACACCUGUGUAACACACACAAACACACAAACAAUCAUAUACAUGUGUACACAACCAAAUCUUAAAUCUAUAAACACGUGCAAAAAACAAAAAGCAUCCAGAGGACAAAGUGAUGUACACAUCUUAUUUCAUAUCACCCUUCAAUGUAAUAUUGUGGAAUUUGAACCUGUAUUAGGUUGUGGCUAUUAUUGGUAAUAUGUAAGCGUAAUAUAAAUGUAAACAGUAUAUAUAUACACAUUAUAUCUAUUUUUGGAAUAAAUCCAAUGUAUGGAAGGGCGGUUCUUUUGCAGGUUGCAACGUGUAUAAUGUACGGUAUGUGUGUUGUACUGUUGAAAUGAGGCAAUAAUGAUGUCUGUGUUUCGGUUAAUACCCCAGCAUCAGUUCCUGUCCUCUGCUACUUACUUUCUACAUGGAGGUUUGGGAGUGUGAGUCUGUAGUGUGUCCUCCAUGUGAUUUACUUUUAUUAACUUGGGUCUGUUAGCUAGUCGUAUGAGAAGAGAACGGUCAUCACAAUGCGGACUGAAAUGCUGCAUCAACUUUCUUUCAUAUCAUUUGUUUGCACAUUUUCUUCAUAAUUGCAAAAUUGAUUGGCAGAGAAAAUGAAGGCCUCUCUUUUGUUAAUCAGUUGUUUCUUCUUUUAAUAACGUGAUCUAAAUCCAGCCUCUCAAUUGUGAGGAUUUUCAGCUUUUCUUUGUCUAAUAAGUGCUCUAAAAACUGAAUGUCGUGGUCAGAUAAACAACUAUUUUAAUCACUUUGGGCGGCAAGAAAUUGCAAUGCAUUGUUUUUCUCAUAGGACAUAUUAGUUUAUAGACCAUAUAACCACAUGUUGAGAGCAAUCUAAUCAAAACCAAUGGAAAUCAUGUUAAAUACCAACAUCAACAAGACCAGGCUUGAUUAAAAAAAAACAGAGUGAUCCACACAGUCAUGCUUCACUUUCUCUUUCUCCUCGUCUCUCUCUAUCUCAGGGCAGGAGUUGACUUUAAUUGCAUAUUUGCCUGUGGAAUGAUUCACGUAGAUUGUUUGUAUUUAUUUAUUUUGAAAGCACUUUUUCAAGAAGCACUUUUUGGUUUGUAUUUGGGGGGGGUGGCAAGUGUCAGGACAUUACUCCCAACUCAAAGAAGUGGUAACGUUUGACUUGAAUGAGUGAAUAAUGUAGAUACUUAGUUUAUCUUUGAUGGUUUCUGCCAAAGUGUGUCUUCCCAGCAGUUUACAACUGGCUUUCAUAUGUGUGAAGUAGCGUCCUCUCUUAAAAUGGUUGUACAGUUGUAGAUUGAUAUAAAGCAGUCUUUGUUCGAUCCUUCUUUCAUGUCAUGUGACGGAGUUAUCAGCAGUAGGAGAAGAUGCCUCGCAUCCAAAACAGAUUCAACUAAGAUCACAGACUUUUUUUUUUUCUCCCCCCCUGCUCUUUUUGUUCAGAGCUGUUUGAAGUGAAUCACCAAAGGAAGCAGGCGUUAGGGUACGAAAAGAGAAACAAAAACAGGGCUGCUUCUUGUCAGGAUGUGCACAGGGUCAGAAUAUAUCAUCCUGUUUUUAGCUAAACCUCAGCACUGCAUCUGACCCUUAACCUUUUGAUUUUGAAGUGUGUGUGUGUGUGUGUGCGUGUGUGUGUGUGUGGGCCUCCUUCACAAUGAGAAUCUGGUGUGUGUAUGCAAUGUAGCUACGAUGGUGUGUUGUGAUAACAUGCAAUAUGGCAGGCGGUACAAUACAGUCAUCUUCAAGUGCCAUUCAAUUUGCACAUUAGUUUCAUUCAUCUCAUUGAGUAUUGUACACAGAGAUGUUCCGAGAGCAUGUUUUCCUUCAGGAUACCAAAUCCCAAUACCUAGACUUGUGUAUUGAUAAAUAAUAAGUUCCCCUCUGAUACUAGGGCCAUAAAUAAAUAUAUAUUUAUUAGAGGAAAGCCACAGAUUGUUGACAUUUGGAUAGCUGUCUCUAUUCUCACACUCUCUGCUAGCAUCACAAUGUUGUUGUAUGUUAUUAGUUACCUGAAACCAAUAACUGGUUAUGGCAUUGGAUUGCUGCAUUCAGUGGAAUACUCAGCGUUACCUUACCUUAUACUGCAUUUAAGGAAGUAUCAGGGGCCUGUACAGAUCCUGAUAUCGAUAUCCAAACAACUCUUAAUUCUUCAAUCUGCACCUCAAACUUAAAUUGGGAAACACGAGGUGUCAAAUAGUUUCUUGGCUCUACUGUCUGUUACUUACUCAAGUCCAUUUAAAUUCUGUCUAGUAUCGUAGCUUAUCAUACAAUAGUGUGAGUGUUAAUGUAUGUAUGUGGGGAGGGGGGAGUUGUGUUGUUGAAAUGCCUUUUUUUUUGUAAAGUGGACUGAUGCUGGUGUUUUUUCUUUUUCUUCUUUCAUUUAGAGAGUAAUGUGUCUGUUACCUGUUGUCAAUUUAGCUUGUAAAUUCAGAUAUGAAUACCAAUAAAUGUGUCUGACCAAAAA